AUGACAGCCCCGGCUUAUUACGAGCGAUAUAAACAGCUGGCCUCCAUAGAGCAGGAUAAGAACAUUCUAAUCGAGGAACUUUUGCACCGGAUUACAGAGCUCGAGUCUGCUUUCCAGCAAGAGAAGCUUGAUCAUGAGCGCGAAACGCGGUUCAACCGCAAUAUUCAGCUCCAUGAGAUGGACUUGAUGCAGCAGAUCGCCCGAAUCAAGGCCAUUAUGGAUCGCGAGCCCUUCAUAGUCGUGCUGCUAGAUGGGGCUGGGAUACUAUUCAGGGACGAAUUUCUCCAGAACGGGGAAGAAGGUGGUAGGAUCGCUGCAAAGAAGCUUUCUAGUGCCCUCGAAAAUUACGUUCUCAGCAAUUUCCCGGGCCUUGACGUCCCAAAGAUAAUCGCCAGGAUGUACGUCAAUUUAAAAGGCCUUGGUGAGAUCUGUGCUCGCGGCGGGAUUACCACCGACCCAUCGUCACUUGAAGAAUUCGCCAAAGGCUUCAAUAAUAGUCAUCCGCUCUUCGACCUCGUGGAUAUAGGAGCGGACAGUGCACAUAUAAAAAUUGGAGGUAUACAUCAGGCCUUCAAAUUAAAUCUAUAUAACUGUCACUGCCACCAGAUCUUCCUGGGAUGUUCCGACGAUAGCGCCUACGCCCAAAUUUUGGUAGACACCUUGGGAGAGCUUGACUUAAUAGGAAGGGUGUCCUUGAUCGAAGGCAUCCCCUUUGGAGAAGAGUUAAACAGUAUUAAGGCAUCCUACAGGGUCUCGCGAUUCCCGGAGCUCUUCCGAGAUACGAAGAUAACGCCUGUCUUGGCCCCAUGGAAAGCCGCAGUAACUUCCAAACCACCGCCUGUUCUCACCCCAUCACCAAAUCAACGUGCAGUAUCGCUGUCGCGAACCUCAACCAAUACGUCCACAAAUGCUAGUACAUCAUUGUCCUCUACGUCUGCAAGCCCAGGAGAAUUCCAAGUGGUGCAGUCGAAACCAGUCGCGCCCGCGCGACUGAAGACCGUGGAACGAAACAAGUAUGGUCAACGAGUAGACCGGCUGGAUUUCAAAAGUAUCCCACGGGAUGACAUGAAUCGCCUCAAAAAGCUAAAGCUUUGCAAUCUCUAUUACCUCCUAGGCGAAUGUACACUUGACAACUGUCAGCACGACCACUCGCGCAAAUUGACCAAGAAUGAGCUUUCAAUCUUGACAGCCAUCGCCCGCAUGACCCCAUGCCGAUAUGGAUUGGAAUGCGACGACCCGGAAUGUACAUAUGGACACCGGUGUCCGCACACGGAUCCCGGGAAAAAAGAUUGUUACUGGGGCUCAUCCUGCCGAUUUGACCCUGCCGCUCAUGGCAUUGAUACCAAUAUCGUCAAAGUAACCAAGGUCUAA